AUGAAUGUUUCAUGGUUCUACCUGUCCUCUCCUCUCUGCAGGUUAAUACACGGGGGUCAGCUGUUGAAUGGUUUGGCCGGGCCAACAAUAAUGAGCGCUGGACCCCUCCUCUCCACCACAUGGUUCGCUCCGGACCAGAGAGCCACGGCCACCGCUGUCGCCUCAUUGGUCAGCUAUCUGGGGGCGGCAUGCUCUUUCAUUGUCGGCCCGCUGCUUGUGCCCGCCCCUAACGAAACCACCCGUGUCAUGGUGGCUCGAGCUGUCGUCUGGACAGACACCCAGAUCAACCACAUACAAGACAGGAUCCAGCUGGUUUUGUAUGCAGGUGCUGAUGUUAUGUCUUAUGUAGCUGUUAUAAAGGCUAUAUGAAUGCAUACAUAAGGGGGCGUGCAGUAAAGUGUUACCCAGAUACACAAGACAGGAUCCAACUGGUUGUGUAUGCAGGCAGGUAGUGCGAAAAAUAAAGAAAUGCUGUCGCUACCUCACUUUCAAACCAAGGUGCACGAACACUGGUGCAAUGAGCAUACUGAAGAUGAGAAGAUAUUCAGCACAUUGUCCUACCAAGAGUUGCUGAACAUCUUCUCAUCUUAUGUAUGUAUGUAGGUACUGACAACAGCACAGACAGCCUCUAUCAGUUAGUCAUCAUUACCCUGCAGGAAUCAAUAGCAGACCAUCUCUGGUCUGGAUCUAGUCUAGGGAGAGAAAUACAAUCUGCUCAAAGUCAUCUAACUGUCUUUGUCUCAUCACACAAAUACCAGACUCAAACGUUUCGACAAUGUAAUAUUCAAAACAGAACGGGCUGCCAUAAAAAGAUGGAGGCUUGGACUGUUUUGCUUAACUGAUUUAGAAAAUUAAAGCAUUUAAUGAAAUAAAAAAAUAUUAUCCGCCUACAAUAAUACAUUGAGGCUUUGUGUUAACCUAAGGGCGUAUUCAUAUUACAUUUCAAAGGACAAAACAGACACAUUUUCUGAACCGAGAGCUUUAGAGGUCAUAGGGAAAUUAAUUUCAAGUCAGAAAGCAUUUAGAGGGAAUUAAAAUCCUUGACGUUUUCCUUCUGCUUCUCCACAAGGAGAAUAAAUUAUACACCUCCACACACACACUAAAGAAAAGCAGCAGUCAACCCUUGUGCCAAAGGAAAAGACUGAUGUCUUUUUUGGGUUGAAAAAAACAAAUGUGAGCUGUGUUGCGCCAGCCAGCCAGUAAAAAUGCAGAUGCUGUCUAAUCAAUCUGCACAUUAUGACAGGAAAAAGCAUGAUUUAUGAUUCUGGUGGUAUUUCUUGGGAAAUAGACUGUCCGAAAAUGCUCUAGCUUUUCCAAGAGAAAUGGGUCCGGUUCGGUUUCCCAUGCCAAGCCAUGCCAGGCCAGUGAAAAGGGUUGUGGGAUUUUGUAGCUUGUUUGGAAGGCAGGCUGACAGAGAGAGUAUCAGAGCCCUCUACAGUCUCUGUGCCAGCUGAAUAAUGUAGUCCCAGGCCCAUCUCUCUGAUAAACUGCUGCUCUCUUAAUUGACUACUCUGGACAUCUGCAACACAGCAGGUCUGAACUCUGAUGUCUUCAGGUUCUGUGCUCUGCUGUCCUGCUCUGUUCCAUCUAAAAGUAGGGUGGAAUCGGAGACAAAUACAUGUGGCUCUGGGUGGAAUGGUUUUGUUAGUGACACAUUGACUGAGUUCAAGUAAUUAGCAGGCUAAUAAUAACCCUUAUCUUUGACCUUAAGGUUACACACUUACAGUGGGGGGAAAAAGUAUUUAUUCAGCCACCAAUUGUGCAAGUUCUCCCACUUAAAAAGAUGAGAGAGGCCUGUAAUUUUCAUCAUAGGGACAUGUCAACUAUGACAGACAAAUUGAGAAAAAAAAAUCCAGAAAAUCACAUUGUAGGAUUUUUAAUGAAUUUAUUUGCAAAUUAUGGUGGAAAAUAAGUAUUUGGUCACCUACAAACAAGCAAGAUUUCUGGCUCUCACAGACCUGUAACUUCUUCUUUAAGAGGCUCCUCUGUCCUCCACUCAUUACCUGUAUUAAUGGCACCUGUUUGAACUUGUUAUCAGUAUAAAAGACACCUGUCCACAACCUCAAACAGUCACACUCCAAACUCCACUAUGGCCAAGACCAAAGAGCUGUCAAAGGACACCAGAAACAAAAUUGUAGACCUGCACCAGGCUGGGAAGACUGAAUCUGCAAUAGGUAAGCAGCUUGGUUUGAAGAAAUCAACUGUGGGAGCAAUUAUUAGGAAAUGGAAGACAUACAAGACCACUGAUAAUCUCCCUCGAUCUGGGGCUCCACGCAAGAUCUCACCCCGUGGGGUCAAAAUGAUCACAAGAACGGUGAGCAAAAAUCCCAGAACCACACGGGGGGACCUAGUGAAUGACCUGCAGAGAGAUGGGACCAAAGUAACAAAGCCUACCAUCAGUAACACACUACGCCGCCAGGGACUCAAAUCUUGCAGUGCCAGACGUGUCCCCCUGCUUAAGCCAGUGCAUGUCCAGGCCCGUCUGAAGUUUGCUAGAGUGCAUUUGGAUGAUCUAGAAGAGGAUUGGGAGAAUGUCAUAUGGUCAGAUGAAACCAAAAUAGAACUUUUUGGUAAAAACUCAACUCGUCGUGUUUGGAGGACAAAGAAUGCUGAGUUGCAUCCAAAGAACACCAUACCUACUGUGAAGCAUGGGGGUGGAAACAUCAUGCUUUGGGGCUGUUUUUCUGCAAAGGGACCAGGACGACUGAUCCGUGUAAAGGAAAGAAUGAAUGGGGCCAUGUAUCGUGAGAUUUUGAGUGAAAACCUCCUUCCAUCAGCAAGGGCAUUGAAGAUGAAACGUGGCUGUGUCUUUCAGCAUGACAAUGAUCCCAAACACACCGCCCGGGAAACGAAGGAGUGGCUUCGUAAGAAGCAUUUCAAGGUCCUGGAGUGGCCUAGCCAGUCUCCAGAUCUCAACCCCAUAGAACAUCUUUGGAGGGAGUUGAAAGUCUGUGUUGCCCAGCGACAGCCCCAAAACAUCACUGCUCUAGAGGAGAUCUGCAUGGAGGAAUGGGCCAAAAUACCAGCAACAGUGUGUGAAAACCUUGUGAAGACUUACAGAAAACGUUUGACCUGUAUCAUUGCCAACAAAGGGUAUAUAACAAAGUAUUGAGAAAGUUUUGUUAUUGACCAAAUACUUAUUUUCCACCAUAAUUUGCAAAUACAUUCAUUAAAAAUUCUACAAUGUGAUUUUCUGGAUUAUUUUUUCUCAUUUUGUCUGUCAUAGUUGACGUGUACCUAUGAUGAAAAUUACAGGCCUCUCUCAUCUUUUUAAGUGGGAGAACUUGCACAAUUGGUGGCUGACUAAAUACUUUUCCCCCCCACUGUAUGUUAAUAACCCACUGAUCUGUGUUUCUCUUGAUCUCUGUGUCCCUCCUGGUAUAUAGAGUUUGGUAUGGUGGCGGUGCUGUUUGCUGCGGUGCUGUUCUACUUCCCCUCCCGGCCCCCCGUGCCCCCCAGUGUAGCCGCUGCCAGCCAGAGACUUCGCUACAGGAGUAGCAUCUACAGACUACUGGGGUAUGUAUUGUCUGGUCGUUUGCCAUCAUCACACACCAACAAUAAAAGCAGGAAUUUAUAUAACUUUACUAACAGGUAAUGAAUUGCACAGCAAUGUAAAAAGCAUAUUGAUGUAGUUUUACAAACUCCCUCUGAAUAGACCAGCAUGUUGAGAGCACAUGUCAUGAGCCUGAAUCAACGGAGUGAUCUCCAAUUAAGUUGUUAUGAUGCCUUGAAAUGAUUUGGCCUUUAUCACAGCAGUCAUGAAAGGGCAUGGGGUUGGUGUAUCCUCUCUGUUGCCUCUCAACAGGCCUUUUCCUGUUUUAACUUUCUGUGUGAGUAGUAGUGAUAGAGAAUCUUAAUGAAGGCAUCUUGUUUCUCUGCCCCUCGCCAUCUGUUUGGGCCGCUAGUUAAUGUGCAUAAAAGACAUAUCCUCUCUCCCCCUAGAUUAAUUACACAGCCAUAAGGUGCCCCUGGCAUUCCCCUGGCAUUCCCCUGGCCAUGCUUAAUAAAUAGAUCAUCAUCAUCAUCAUCAUCUCAUCCAUCUCGUCCUUUGGAGUCCAUGGUCCUAGUAACAUACUGUACUCAUACAGCCAGGGUCCUCUGGAGUCCAUGGUCCUAUAACAUACUGUACUCAUACAGCCAGGGUCCUCUGGAGUCCAUGGUCCUGUACAUACUGUACUCAUACAGCCAGGGUCCUCUGGAUUCCAUGGUCCUAUAACAUACGUAUCAUAAGCCAGGGUCCUCUGGAGUCCAUGGUGCUAUAACAUACUGUACUCAUACAGCCAGGGUCCUCUGGAGUCCCAUGGUGCCUAUACAUACUGUCAAUAACGCCAGGGUCCUCUGGAGUCCAUGGCCUAUAACAUACUGUACUCAUACAGCCAGGGUCCUCUGGAGUCCAUGGUCCUGUAACAUACUGUACUCAUACAGCCAGGGUCCUCUGGAGUCCAUGGUGCUCUAACAUACUGUACUCAUACAGCCAGGGUCCUCUGGAGUCCAUGGUCCUGUAACAUACUGUACUCAUACAGCCAGGGUCCUCUGGAGUCCAUGGUCCUGUAACAUACUGUACUCAUACAGCCAGGGUCCUUUGGAGUCCAUGGUCCUAUAACAUACUAUACUCAUACAGCCAGGGUCCUCUGGAGUCCAUGGUCCUAUAACAUACUGUACUCAUACAGCCAGGGUCCUUUGGAGUCCAUGGUCCUAUAACAUACUGUACUCAUACAGCCAGGGUCCUCUGGAGUCCAUGGUCCUAUAACUUACUGUACUCAUACAGCCAGGGUCCUCUGGAGUCCAUGGUGCUAUAACAUACUAUACUCAUACAGCCAGGGUCCUUUGGAGUCCAUGGUCCUAUAACAUACUGUACUCAUACAGCCAGGGUCCUCUGGAGUCCAUGGUCCUAUAACUUACUGUACUCAUACAGCCAGGGUCCUCUGGAGUCCAUGGUGCUAUAACAUACUAUACUCAUACAGCCAGGGUCCUCUGGAGUCCAUGGUCCUAUAACAUACUGUACUCAUACAGCCAGCGUCCUCUGGAGUCCAUGGUCCUAUAACAUACUGUACUCAUACAGCCAGGGUCCUCUGGAGUCCAUGGUCCUGUAACAUACUGUACUCAUACAGCCAGGGUCCUCUGGAGUCCAUGGUCCUAUAACAUACUGUACUCAUACAGCCAGGGUUCUCUGGAGUCCAUGGUCCUAUAACAUACUGUACUCAUACAGCCAGGGUUCUCUGGAGUCCAUGGUCCUAUAACAUACUGUACUCAUACAGCCAGGGUCCUUUGGAGUCCAUGGUCCUAUAACAUACUGUACUCAUACAGCCAGGGUCCUCUGGAGUCCAUGGUCCUGUAACAUACUGUACUCAUACAGCCAGGGUCCUUUGGAGUCCAUGGUCCUAUAACAUACUGUACUCAUACAGCCAGGGUCCUCUGGAGUCCAUGGUCCUGUAACAUACUGUACUCAUACUGCCAGGGUCCUUUGGAGUCUCAUGGUCCUAUAACAUACUGUACUCAUACAGCCAGGGUCCUCUGGAGUCCAUGGUGCUCUAACAUACUGUACUCAUACAGCCAGGGUCCUCUGGAGUCCAUGGUCCUGUAACAUACUGUACUCAUACAGCCAGGGUCCUCUGGAGUCCAUGGUCCUGUAACAUACUGUACUCAUACAGCCAGGAUCCUUUGGAGUCCAUGGUCCUAUAACAUACUAUACUCAUACAGCCAGGGUCCUCUGGAGUCCAUGGUCCUAUAACAUACUGUACUCAUACAGCCAGGGUCCUUUGGAGUCCAUGGUCCUAUAACAUACUGUACUCAUACAGCCAGGGUCCUCUGGAGUCCAUGGUCCUAUAACUUACUGUACUCAUACAGCCAGGGUCCUCUGGAGUCCAUGGUGCUAUAACAUACUAUACUCAUACAGCCAGGGUCCUCUGGAGUCCAUGGUCCUAUAACAUACUGUACUCAUACAGCCAGCGUCCUCUGGAGUCCAUGGUCCUAUAACAUACUGUACUCAUACAGCCAGGGUCCUCUGGAGUCCAUGGUCCUGUAACAUACUGUACUCAUACAGCCAGGGUUCUCUGGAGUCCAUGGUCCUAUAACAUACUGUACUCAUACAGCCAGGGUCCUCUGGAGUCCAUGGUCCUAUAACAUACUGUACUCAUACAGCCAGGGUCCUUUGGAGUCCAUGGUCCUAUAACAUACUGUACUCAUACAGCCAGGGUCCUCUGGAGUCCAUGGUCCUGUAACAUACUGUACUCAUACAGCCAGGGUCCUUUGGAGUCCAUGGUCCUAUAACAUACUGUACUCAUACAGCCAGGGUCCUCUGGAGUCCAUGGUCCUGUAACAUACUGUACUCAUACAGCCAGGGUCCUUUGGAGUCUCAUGGUCCUAUAACAUACUGUACUCAUACAGCCAGGGUCCUCUGAAGUCCAUGGUCCUGUAGCAUACUCAUACAGCAUUCAGAAUGCACUGUCCUCCUAACAUUGCAUCGACACGCGCACACAUACAUUGAGAGCUGGGGGCAAUGGUGCUGUUUCGGCGCUGUGUUUGGAUGGGAGCUAGAGCACUCAUUGCCAUCCGCGGAUUCUGUGCCCGCGGUGCGUAUCCUGUCUGGUUGUGGUGGAAUGGAAUGGGCCGAGGACAGCCAGUGACCGGGCGGGUUGGCUGGUUGGCUCUCUGUAACCUACAGUCAGCCCCUCCAGCCAGGCAGAUCUCUCGCUCUCUCUUUCUCUCUCUCGCUCUCUCUUUCUCUCACUCGCUCUCUCUUUCUCUCUCUAGUUCUCUCUCUUUCUCUCUCUCGCUCUCUCUCUUUCUCUCUCUAGUUCUUAUUGACUCUCACUGAUGAUAAACAAUAACAAACUAAGCUGCUAAGCACAGAGCUUCAAGAGAGGGAUAAUACCAGUCAAGCUGUCAUAAACCCAGUAUACACACACACACACACACACUUUGUCUGGACGGCCCCAUUGGGACUGUAAUGCUAUCUGGAGUCCCACUGAUAAGCAGCCUUCUAGCGGCCAGUCUGAACUGUAUCACACUGUAGUAGCAUCAGUGGCUGUCUGGUUCUACAGAAGGAUUGUGGAUGGAAGGAAGGGAAAAAGUGGGUCUUGAGUAUCUAAGUUCCACUCGUCAAAGAAAGAUAGACCUGGGUUGGCAGCAAAAUUCUGUUUUCUAAAGUUUGCUAGGUUUUCUAAGCCAGUAUCCUAAGCCACCACUUUUGCCCCUUCCUUCCAUUUCUGUUGUUGUGCCGGUCAGAGAGAGUUUUGACCGUAAUUAAUGAUGAAGUUAGCCCAGCCGUUCCCUUCUGUUGCAGAGCCUAAUCACAACACAGGUCUGGCCAAAAGUAAUGCACUAUAUAGGGAAUAGGGUGCCAUUUGGGAUGAACCCAGCUUUCCACACAUUUAGAAAGGUUAUCAGUACUGCUUGACCACUGCUCUGGGAAUAGUAAUGAUGUUAGCUAGCAGCAUCGAUGAAAGUCCCAUUAUAACAAUAACAGUCAUUUUGCCUGGGAAGGUUUUCUCCUACUCAUUCUGAUGCAUUGAACUCCAGCCAAGACCUGCCAAAGACAAAUGGCACUUAGCUGAUGAUGCCGCUGGCUUCAUGACUCCCCGAAAUAUUUCACCCUCCACAGGGCAGCGCUGUGCUUACUUAGUAUGUGUCCCAAAUAGCACCCUAUUACGUGCAUUGUGCACUAUUUUUGACCAGAGCCCUAUGGGCUAUAUAGGGCAGCACAUAGGGAAUAGGGUGCCAUUUGAGACAGCCUUUCUAUACAGUGAUCUAACUAAGCUGUGGGAUGGAAAAAGGUGCUGGAUAUUGAUUCCUGCCAUUACAACCGAGAGAGAGAGAGCGCUCCGUCAACACACUUUUACAAGUCUGUCUCUCUCUCUCGACUCUCGACUCCUCCAAGGCCAAGUAGCCGAGUACCACAGGUACAGGGUACUAGGUGGGUGCUCCGAGAUACUCUCUCUUACAGUGGAUCUCCGUGGGGCUUCUGCUGGGGGAGAAUACAACCAAGACCAAAUAGUACAGGACAGAGUACCACAGGCCCUGGAUUAUCCACACUUCUCUUGAAGUGUGCACUUGCACACUCCCCAUCAUGGAAAACUCCUCCAGCCAAUGCUUACACCAAUCCAAUUAUUUUAAAUCCAUGAUCGGUCCGUUAUCAGCUUAGCCUCAUUGAUUUAUAAUGAAUGAACAGGGGGACUUGAUCCUCAGCACUCCUACUCUUGAUACGUACAGCCCCUAGUCUGCUUCCCGGUCCAUCUGUCUCUAAGGAGUCUUAGAGUUAGUUUAUGCCGGUUCCAUCUCAGCACGGACUAAUAGCUAAUCAAGUGAGAGUAGUAAGAGUGUCAGCCCUUCAUGGUUUAUGAGCAUUUAUAUAACUGUCUCUGUAAUCAUCAGGCCAGAGCAGCCAGGAGCCUGACUGUGUGUGUGUCUGAACACAGAGCGGAGAAUCAUCCCCCAGUCUCACCUAGCUGCUAACACUGACUGGCACCACUCCAAUCACUCUCUGACCAAUUACAAUCAGCCAUAAGACCCUAUUCUCAUCACCUCCGCCCCAAAACCUUGUCCCUGCUACAUCUCCACGCCGCUAAUUUCAUUUUGGAACCAUCACUUCAUCCGCCUAACCGCACCAUUAAAUCACCAGGCGUCUGGGCUGACCGUGACAGCAGCCGUCAUGGAAGGGGCAAUCUCUCUCUCUCUCUGUCUCUCUCUGUCUCUCUCUGUCUCUCUCUGUCUCUCUCUCUCUCUCUCUGUCUCUCUCUGUCUCUCUCUGUCUCUCUCUGUCUCUCUCUGUCUCUCUCUGUUCUCUCUGUCUCUCUCUCUCUCUCUGUCUCUCUCUGUCUCUGAGGAGGAGGAUUGUUUAUGUUUCCCUAACGUCCGUUCACUACAGACAGCAGGCGCUUACUCAUGCGUUUCUUUGUUUCCAUUGAUAUGCCGGAGGCGUCCUGUGUGUAUCGUGGAGGGACAUCUGGCGAAUUCUUAAGGCGUUCCUCAUCCUCGGGGGGGAUCAAAAGCAACCCUGAAGAAAAUAUAGUUCACAGCUACAUAGACAGUUUUGUUUCAAACUAUGUGGAGGAUAUAUAGCAUGUACAACAUCAACGUAUUCCUCUGGCACUUUAGACAGCAAUGUUGUCGUUUUAUUCUCCCUGAAGACAACCUCCACAGUGAUACAGAUUCAUGGGGCUUUGUAUACUUGGUAUUCUCCGAAGGCAGCACCUGAAGUGUACACUUGUACACUCCCCAGGAGUUUCACAUUGUUCCUGGCUGCUUACCCUGGCCUGCUUUGAUGGACAAACAACCAGCAUUGUGAUCACGAUCAUCAUCAGCAUCGUGUAAUACUCAUGCUUGAUAAUAACCACCCUCUCUGUGGUUUGUCAGUGUUUACAAAGACUGACAGACCUGGCCAAAGUCACAUUGAUAUGACCAACCCCUUACAACAGUUUAUAUUAAAGACCCCCAGUCUCUUAUGUCUCUCCUCUCAGACUGUUAGCUGGCCAGAGAGCUCACAAGAUUAGGUUAUGUUUCCCUAAUGUGGGUAUCUCACUUAGUUGUCUUGUUUCAACGAUGCCCUGGUCCUGACCUAUACACUCUCAUCAUUUCUUACUGCAGAGCAUCCAGCCAUAAUGUUCUCACAACCAUCAACACUAUGUUUACAGCAGGUGGUAAAUGUGUUGUUUGUAGACUCACAGAGAGGAAGCAGGGCGUGGGAAUUCAUUCAGAUGGGAUUGGCUUAAUCCACUCGGUUAGCAGAAAGCCAUAAUCUUCCUUCCAGGGAUCUUUGAUUCACAGAACAAUCAGAGGAAAUCAUUGUCUUAGAUCAACAUCUCAGAUGUGGGAAAUUACUCUGUCAUGUGAAAUUACUUUGUUUGCCAUGAUACUAUUUCCAAACCCAUUUAUACAAGUAAAUCAAUUAUUAAGUAGGUGUCUCUGUGUGUGUGGUUGAUGUCACCUCAUGAAAGUAUCCCGGUUCUCCAUUUGUCGAUUCCAUUUCUUAGAUGCUCUCCCCCGUAUUCAAACCUCAUCUUGGAGCUAGUACUGCCAGCCUGUCCGGGAGCUCUUCUCAUCUCUUCCUGGUUCAUGGCCAGGUGUUUAUCUCUCUGUCACCACAUUGUGAUGUGGGAUAGAUCCUGCCUGACAGUCAGAGAUGCAGUGUGGUGCUAGCUGACAGGAUAGGAAAGCAAGAGGUUAUCUGGUGGCAGGUCUCCAGACACUAUCAACCAUGGGGGGACAGAUGCAGCUUUGCUCUGCUCUGUAUUGUCUCAGACACAGACAUAUGUAGUCCUGUCACGCACACGGGUUAUAGAUAGUUUUUUCCCCGCAGAGAUUACCCUACAUUAAUCGUUAAAGUUGUGUAAAAGUUUUGAAUUAAACGUUUAGUUUGUCAUGAUGACAAAUAAUGGCCUUAAAUUUGACUUUACUAGGUUGUGAUAAUGUAGGACUUUACUAGGUUGUGAUACUGUAGGACUUUGCUAGGUUGUGAUAGUGUAGGACUUACUAGGUUGUGAUAAUGUAGGACUUGACUAGGUUGUGAUAAUGUAGGACUUGACUAGGUUGUGAUAAGGUUGUGAUAAUGUUGGACUUGACUAGGUUGUGAUACUGUAGGAUUUUGCUAGGUUGUGAUAAUGUAGGACUUGACUAGGUUGUGAUAAUGUAGGACUUGACUAGGUUGUGAUACUGUAGGACUUUGCUAGGCAGUGAUACUGUAGGACUUUCCUAGAUUGUGAUACUGUAGGACUUUGCUAGGCAGUGAUACUGUAGGACUUUGCUAGGCAGUAAUAAUGUAGGACUGCUAGGCAGUGAUAAUGUAGGAUUUUGCUAGGCGGUGAUACUGUAGGACUUUGCUAGGCAGUGAUAAUGUAGGACUUUGCUAGGUAGUGAUAAUGUAGGACUUUGCUAGGCAGUGAUAAUGUAGGACUUUGCUUGGUAGUGAUAAUGUUGGACUUUGCUAGGCAGUGAUAAUGUAGGACUUGCUGCUAAAAAGCCUUUGUUUCUCUCUCUCUCUCUCUCUCUCUCUCGCCCUCCAGUAAUUUCCGUUUUCUGAUGAUAGCGUUGGCCUACGCGGUGCCUACAGGGGUGGUGGCAGGCUGGUCAGGAGUUCUGGACAUGAUCCUCACCCCUGCCAGAGUCAGCCAG